AUGCCUACAAUUUGGUGCGCAAAUUCUUUAACACACGAUGACAAGACAAAAAUGGGACAAAAACCUAAUUUUCCAAAAGGUCAACGUCGACUUAAUCACAACUUAGCAACAUUUUUGACCAAUAUAUCUUCACUCUCGUUUACUGAAAAUGAUUACUUGUGUACUCCAUGUUAUCAACGAUCGAUGGAGAAAUUUAACGAAAUGUAUAUCUGUAUUAAUUCACCACCAGCUAUGGAAACAGAUGAACCACGACCUACAAGAACUGCUGCAACAACUGCUCUAUCUAAUAUAGCAACUCUAAAUACUUUUGAUAUGUUUCUGUCCGAUCAAAAUAAAUCAUCGGAUAUUUUAGAUGAUGAAAUAAUGGAUAUUGAAUUUCUUGUUAAUCGAGAAAAUUCAUUAGCACUUUUGAACAAGUUUUUUUCAUUAGUUGGAUUAUCAUCUGUUCGUGAUAUUAGAAACCAGAAUAUUCUUCGUCAAAAAGUAAAUCUUGGAAUAAUCGUAAUCCGCAAAGCUGCCGAAGAAUUAUAUAAAGAAAAUCAAGAGAAAGAAGAAAUAAUAAAAUCGAAUAAUAAGUCAGACAUAACUAUAAACGAUGUUAAUGAACUUGUUACUAAUUUUCAACUACUUGUGAAUAUGAGUGAUUAUGCUGAACAAAUUAGAUUACUGACAUUAGUUCCUAAAGCUUGGGGACGCGUAAAAACUUCGACGUUUUUUGGAUGUACAGAUCAUCAAGCUCGUUAUGGUAUUUAUUUACGAGAUGCAGAUCAAGUUUUAUCAUACCCAAUCGACUGUCGUGGAAAUCUUCCAUUUGAUCCAUUUAUUGAACAAACUGUUUUCAACUUUUAUCAUACAGAUGAAAUCAGUAAGGCAUCGCCGAACAAAAAGGAUGUUCUACAAAAUAAUAAAAACCCAAAACCUAUUCGGUUUAUGCUUAUGAGUCUAAGAGAAGCUUAUCAAAUAUUCAUUCAAGAAAAUCCAACAAUGCAUGUUGGAAAAUCGAAAUUUUGUUCAAUUAAACCAAAGUGGAUUAAGACGACAACUCCACAUGAUAGUUGUGUAUGUGAACAUCAUCAAAAUCCUGAGCUAUUGUUGAAUGUCAUGAAUCGAUUAAUCAGUUUUCGAUUAACUUUAUCAUCAUUAGUGGAAAUGAUGGUCUGUCAAAAUUCAACAGUAGAUUGUUUUUUACGACAAUGUUCUACAUGUAAUACUAAAAUGCCUUCUAUCUAUUUUAUUGAACUACUUCAAAUAAAUGGAACAAACGAAGACGACGACAUUACUUGGGUUUUAUGGGAGAAAAACGAAAAAAAAACGGAACUACAACGUCAUACCACUUCAAUUAGUACACUUCUUGACAAACUUGAUUGUCUUUGGAACAAGUUUUUGAUUCAUUAUUUUGUUACGAUUGAACAACGUGAAUAUAUAAAACAAAUUAAAUUAAUAUCAUCAGAACAUGGAACCGCGAUUGUACAACUUGAUUUCGCUGAAAACUUUUGUUUAUUCAGUCAAUCAGCUGUUCAAUCAUCCUAUUAUUAUAACAAGCAGGUAACCAUUUUUACGGUGCAUAUUAAAAUGGGUUUAGGUCAUCGUAAUCUUGUCUUUAUAUCUGAUUAUAUGAAACAUACAACAGAAUUUGUUUAUCAAGCUCAGAUGGACUUCGGAAUAGCAGCAUCCUGGACCUUCUCAUCAACGUCUCAUGGGAAGGGUCCAGUAGAUGGUGUGGGCGCUGCUGUAAAAUCUCGUGCAACACGUUACUUGUUAAAAGGUUCAACUGAACAAGUAUUUCUUUCAGCUGAGGAGUUUUUUAGAUUUACUCAUCAAGCGAACGAUCAUCAAGUGAUGAAAGGUGAUCUUGAACCGAAUCGACCAAUUGAAGCAUUUUAUAUUAAGUCAUCAGAUAUUGAUUUCAUUUUCAAAAGAACAUUACAAAAACGGUGGGCAUGUCUAGAGAGAACCAAUUGGAUAGAAGGUAUUCAAAGUAAACAUCAAUUUGAUCCAGUAGGUGUUGGUAACAUAAAAUGUCGUCGAACAUCCAGUGAUAGUUAUUCUGAAACAUUUGAAUUGUUUUAA